AAGCAGCUUCUCUGUGUGGAACUGGACAGUGUGGAGAUGGUCAGCCUGAGGGAGUUGUGCUCGGGGCUGCCCCUGGACCCUCUGCCCCCCAACAGAAGGAGGAGCAGCCGUGUGUCCCACGCCCCCAUCCGCACCCCCAAGCUCACGCCCCAGGAAGAGAAGGUUGCCGUGAGGAAUUCCUUGCGUUAUUUCCCUCCGGAUGUACACGGGAUCUUGGCCCCCGAGUUUGCGGCUGAGCUGCGGGAGUUUGGCCACAUCUACAUGUACCGCUUCUGUCCCCAGAGUGACCUGAGAGCUCACCCGAUCGAUGAGUACCCGAGCAAGUCGAAGGCAGCAGCAGCGAUUAUGCACAUGAUCAUGAACAACCUGGAUCCCCAGGUAGCCCAGUUUCCCCACGAGCUGGUGACAUAUGGAGGGAAUGGACAAGUCUUCAGUAACUGGGCUCAGUUCUGGAUCACCAUGCAGUACCUCUCGGAGAUGGGCGAGGACCAGACACUGGUGAUGUGUAGUGGACAUCCUCAGGGCUUGUUCCCCAGUGUCCCCAGUGCACCCCGUAUGGUCAUCACCAACGGCAUGAUGGUUCCCAACUACUCUUCGAGGGAGGAUUACGAGAAGAUGUUUGCCAUGGGAGUGACCAUGUACGGUCAGAUGACAGCCGGAAGUUAUUGUUACAUCGGACCCCAGGGGAUUGUUCACGGCACGGUGCUGACGGUGCUGAACGCGGGCCGCCGCUACCUGGGGGAGUCUGGCCUCGGGGGCCGGGUGCUGGUCACCUCCGGCCUGGGCGGCAUGAGUGGGGCCCAGGCCAAGGCAGCCACCAUUACCGGAUGUGUGGGAGUCAUCGCUGAGGUUGACGAGGCAGCGCUGCAGAAACGCCUGCAGCAAGGCUGGUUAAUGCAACUCACCGACAGUCUGGACAAAUGCAUUGCCCAGAUUAGGGAGGCUCGGCGAACAAAAAUGGCCCUCAGCCUCGGUUACCAUGGCAACGUGGUGGAUCUGUGGGAGAGGCUGGUGCAGGAGAGUGAACGGAGCGGGGAGUUACUGGUGGACCUGGGCUCGGACCAGACUUCCUGCCACAACCCCUACAAUGGGGGCUACUACCCAGUUGGGCUGACCUUCGAAGCUGCCAACCAGAUGAUGCACACGGACACAAAACGGUUCCGGACACUGGUCCGGGAGAGCCUAAGGCGACAUGUGGCGGCCAUCAACAAGCUGUCGGAGAGGGGGAUGUUUUUCUGGGAUUAUGGGAACGCAUUCCUCCUGGAGGCCAAGAGAGCGGGGGCUGCUGUGGAGAAAGAUGAAGGCGGGGGCGUGGAAUUUAAAUACCCUUCCUACGUGCAGCAUAUCAUGGGGGACAUCUUCUCGCUAGGAUUCGGGCCGUUCCGUUGGGUCUGCACCUCUGCUGACCCCAGUGACCUGGCGGAGACCGAUGCCAUUGCCACCUCCGUCCUGGAGAAGAUAAUGAGUGAGGAAGAUGCCAGCGACGCAGUGAAGCAGCAAUAUGCCGACAACAUCCACUGGAUCCGGCAGGCCGCCCACCACAAGCUGGUGGUGGGGUCACAAGCCCGCAUUCUCUACUCGGACCAAAGAGGUAGGACGGCCAUCGCAGUGGCAAUAAACCAGGCCAUCGCUGCGGGCAGGGUCAAGGCCCCGGUGGUGAUUAGCCGAGACCACCAUGAUGUCAGUGGCACAGACAGCCCCUUCAGAGAGACCUCCAACAUCUAUGACGGCUCGGCAUUCUGUGCAGACAUGGCGGUACAGAACUUUGUCGGCGAUUCCUUCCGAGGAGCCACGUGGGUGGCUUUGCACAACGGUGGUGGCGUGGGCUGGGGAGAGGCAAUAAACGGCGGGUUUGGGUUGGUGCUCGACGGGUCUGCGGAGGCUGAGGAGCGAGCGAAGAUGAUGCUGGGCUGGGACGUGUCCAACGGGGUGACGCGCCGUUGCUGGUCCGGGAGUGACAAGGCCUACGAGACCAUCUGCAGGACGAUGAGCGAGAACCGGGGCCUGCGGGUCACACUGCCCCACAGGGUGGAAGACGAAGGCAUCCUGGACCGAGCCCUGCAGGGACCGAGGGAACGUCCGCUCCCCACUGAAGGCCUCUGAGAACCAACCUCAACCAAUCUCAUCAAAACAUACCGUCAUGGGUCAUCGGAGCAGAAUUAGGCCAUUCAGCCCAUCGAGUCCACUCUGCCAUUUAAUCAUGGCUGAUCUACCUUUCCCUCUCAACUCCAUUCUCCUGCCCUCCCCAUAACCCUUGACAUCCUUAUUAAUCAAAACCCUGUCAAUCUCCACUUUUGAAAUACCCAAUGACGGCCUCCACAGCUGUCUGUGGCAAUUAAUUCCACCACCCUUUGGCUGAAGAAAUACCUAAACAUCUCCUUUCUAAAGCUGUGUCCUUUAAUUCUAAGGCUGUGCAGAAUCUGGUCCUAGACUCUCCUAUUACUGGAAACGACUUGGCCUCCACUGCCGUCUGUGGCUGCAAACCGCACACCGCAGAAUGCUUUCCUGAUCAGUUUGUCAUUUUCAAUCAGUCAAUGUUGUGAUUCCCUAUUGUAUGGACAUGAUAAGCAGGAGGCCAUUUGGCCCUUCGAGCCUGCCCUUGCACUCAUCGAGAUAUUGGCUGACCUACCUCAGAGCAAUUUCCCAACAUAGCCCAUGAUUUCCUUCUUGACUGAAAACAUUUCAGUGUAUUUAAUUGUCACAAGGGCGGCACAGUGGCGCAGCAGGUAAAGCUGAUGCGUCAACGUGCCAGAGAACCGGGUUUGAUCCCGGCUUCAGGCGUUUGGAGUUUGUGUGGAGUUUGCACGUUCUCCCUGUGGGUUGUGGCUGGGUCAUAGUCACACAGUGUGGAAGCAGCAGGCCCUUUGGCCCAACUUGCCUAUGCCAACCUACAUGCUCCAUCUACACAUCCUAUUUGCCUGCAUUUGGCCCAUAUCCCUCUAAACCUACCCUAUCCAUGUACCUGUCCAAAUGUUUCUUAAAUGUUGCGAUUCUUCAACGUGCUCUGGUUGCCUCCCACAUCCCAAAGAGGUGUGGGUUUGUAGGUUCAUUGGCCCUCUGCAAAUUGCCCCUUAGUAUGUCGGGAGUGGAUGAGAAAGUGGGAUAACAUAGAACUAGGGUGAACGGGUGAUCAUUGGCCGUUGAGGACUCGGUGGGCCGAAUUGCCUGUUUCCGUGCUGGAUCUCUAAACUGAUAUGUACUUGCAACAGAACAAUGAGAUUGUUAUUUGCUGUAGCUUUAACAGGUCUGUAAACGCAAUAACACACAGAUAAAUCUGUAAUAUUUGAUAAACAAUGAAUGAAUAAUCAGUAAUAUUUGGUAACAAUAAUAGUGCAAAGACAAUGUGUCUAACACAGAUAUCUCUAUCCUCUGACAGCAAACUAAGCUGAGAUGAGAAACAAAUAUUCUUGAUUCCCGAUUAACUCUUCCUAAUCUAGAGAAAGUCACAAUUGAUAAAGUGAACAGAACAACAAGAGGAAGGAUUUUCAUUGAGUGUUUGUUGACAAGAAUGCUAACACCCUGAAUGUAAAAGAUCACAGAAAUCCCAGAAUAAAAGCCACAAGUGGAACUA